UGAUACUGUAUGUGAGAACCUAAUUUGAAUGUCAAGUCAUAUUUUCUCCGAAUGCAUUUCCUUUUUUAAAAUUCUCGGUAUUAGACUUCCCUACAGGGGUUGUCUAAAGAGGCCACCUGAAAUUACACUAAUACACUAUUAUAUAUUAUAUAUAACAGUGUGUAAACUAUUGUAUGGAGGUGUAUGCUGAGGAGCGAUGCUUGUUGUGUUUACAUAUUUUUGGACUGCAGGUUUUGAUAGAUCUCUCCGAUAUAGUGAUUGUUUUGUCAACCUUAUCUGUCUGUAGGGACUCGUUGGUGUGCUUCCUUGUGCGAGAGAGUGGAAGGGGGAGCAGAGGACGGGUGUGUGUAGACCUAAAGAAAGGGAGAAAGGGAGAGUGAGAAGCCAAUUCAUUAGUUUGGAGAUGUGGACAGGUAGUAAAACCAUGUAAAUGAUCGAGGAAGGGAGAGAUGUGGUCUCAUCAGAGAGGAUGUUUGCAACAUAGCAGAUUGCAGUUGGACCACUGAACUGGUGCACGGUAGUGUGAACAAGCUAACUGUGAGAUUUCAGAGAGAGGGGGGAAGAGCGGGAGAGUUACUGACACAGAAACAAAGCAGAGGGAGAAAGAGAGAGGCACAGAGAAACAUUAGACAGUGGACUUUCUGUUCCUUUCACUAACAGCUGAGAUGGAGGAGUAUAAUGUGACAGUUGCUACAGGCACAUCAGAGUAUUCAGGGACCAAUAACUACAUAUACAUUACUCUGGUGGGAGAGAAAGGAGACAGCGAGAGAACAACACUGGAUAACCCUGGACUGGACUUCUGUAGAGGAGCGGUGGAUGAAUACAAGGUGUGUAGCCCGGCUCCUCUGGGUCGUGUCCUUUUGGUGCGUCUGGAGAAACAGAGGUACUGGGUAGAGGAUAACUGGUUCUGUCUCUAUGUCACCGUGGCGCCACCAGGUGGUGGUACAGCCCUCACCUUCCCCUGUUACCGCUGGCUCAUAGGAGAUGUCAAGGUGGAGCUACGAGAAGGCACAGCAAUGAGACUCAGUGACGACACCUCUCCUCAGCUUUUGGCUCACAGAAAAGCAGAACUGCAGGAGAGACAGGCGCUAUACAGAUGGAUUGCAUGGGCUCCUGGGAUUCCCAAGUGUAUUGAGGCGAAGACCGAGGCAGACCUUCAUCAGGAUGUUCGCUUCGACAAUGAGAAGAGGAGUGACUUUGAGAGCUCCUUACACUACGCUCUUCUAGAGCUGUCUUUGAAGAAGCUAGCCAUCAGGUUUGGGAAGUCAUGGGACAAUCUGGAAGACUUCAAACGAUGCUUCUGGAAACUCAGGAGCCCCAUAUCUGAAUACUGUAUGGAGCACUGGAAGGAAGACUCAUUUUUCGGGUACCAGUGUCUGAACGGUUCAAACCCCAGAAUGAUCCAGCGCUGCAAGAAGCUUCCGGGAAACUUCCCCGUCUCUGGAGACAUGGUGCAGGGGUCGCUGGCCCCAAGAACCACCCUUGAGAAGGAACUCAAGGCGGGUAACAUCUACUUGGUAGACUAUGCCAUCAUGGAUGGUGUUCCUACCAACGUAAUCAGAGGGAAACCACAGUACAUCGCUGCUCCUCUCUGUCUGCUGUAUGAACACCCAGACCAGGGACUCAUACCCAUCGCCAUACAGCUAGGGCAGACUCCUGGCUUGGACACGCCCAUCUUCCUGCCUAAAAACCCGCCCCUGGCCUGGCUAUUGGCCAAGAUCUGGGUUCGUCACUCAGAGUUCCAGGUGUUCCAGCUCCUGUCCCACCUGUUGAGAACUCACCUGGUGGUGGAGGUCUUCUGUGUGUCAACACUACGACAGCUACCUGCCGUCCAUCCAGUAUAUAAGCUCCUGGCUCCUCACCUACGCUAUACUCUGGAGAUUAACUGCAGGGGGCGCACUCAGCUCCUCUCAGCCGACGGCAUCUUCAAAAGGGUGGUGUCUACAGGAGGGGAGGGGCUUCUGAUCCUAGCCCAGAAUGAGUACAAAGUCCUGACCUACCGCUCUCUGCAGCCCUACCAGGACUUCCAGCAGCGCGGAGCUACCAAGCUCAGAAACUACUUCUACAGGGAAUACAGCCUGAUGCUGUGGGACGCCAUACACAGUUUUGUCUCAGGGAUGGUGUCACUGUACUACCAUUAUGACAGUGAUGUAGUGGAGGACACUGAGCUGCAGGCCUGGAUAAAGGACAUCGCUGAGGAGGGCUUUGUUGAUGUGCCCAGAUUUGGUCUGGCCAGGGAACUACACAACAAGACAGAACUGAUCACACUGCUGAGUGUCGCUAUCUUCACAAGCUCAGCACAGCACGCAGCCACCAACAAUGGACAGUUUGACUGGUGUGCGUGGGUACCCAACACCCCGUGCACAAUGCGCCACCCUCCCCCGACGGAUAAGGACGCUGUUACCAUGGAGAUGAUCAUGGACACCCUCCCAGACGUCAGCCAAACAUGUUUGGAGAUGGCGAUCACAUGGCACCUGGGUCGGCCACAACCGGACGCAAUUCCAUUGGGUCAGUACCGGGAGCAGUACUUCACAGAGUCCCAGGCCCAGGAGGUGAUUGACAAGUUCAAACAGGAACUGAAGGAGAUAGAGGAACACAUCCUGACCCAGAACGAGGGACUAGAGCUGCCCUAUCUUUUCCUCCUGCCCAGCCGCAUCGAGAACAGCAUCACUAUAUAAUAUACUGAACAGAAAUAUUAACGCAAUAAUUGUAAAGAUUUUACUGAGUUACAGUUCAUAUAAGGAAAUCAGUCAAUUGAAAUAACCUCAUUAGGCCCUAAUCUAUGGAUUUCACAUGACUGGGAAUACAGAUAUGCAUCUGGACACACAAAAAAAUAUAUUUUUCAAUAGGGGCGUGGAUCAGGAAACCAAUCUGGUGUGACCACCACUUGCCUCAUGCAACGCAACACGUCUCCUUCAAAUAAAGUUGAUCAGGGUGUUGAUUGCGGCCUGUGGAAUGUUGUCCCACUCCUCUUCAAUGGCUGUGCGAAGUUGCUAGAUAUUGGCAGGAACUGAAACACGAUGUCGUACACGUCGAUCCAGAGCAUCCCACACAUGCUCAACGAGUGACAUGUCUGGUGAGUAUGCAGGCCAUGGAAGAACUGGGCCAUUUUCGGCUUCCAGGAAUUGUGUGCAGAUCCUUGCCACAUGGGGCCAUGAAUGGCACGACAAUGGGCCUCAGGAUCUCGUCACGGUAUCUCUGUGCAUUAAAAUUGCCAUCGAUAAAAUGCAAUUGUGUUGGCUGUUUGUAGCUUCUGCCUGCCCAUGCCAUAACCUGUUUACAAUGUUGACAUCAGUAAACUGCUUGCGCACAACGUCAUACAUGUGGUCAGCGGUUGUGAGGCCGGUUGGACGUACUGCCAAAAUCUCCAAAACGACAUUGGAGACGGCUUAUGGUAGAGAAAUUAACAUUAAAUUCUCUGGCAAUAACUCUGGUGGACA